UGUUCUGUAUUUGGGUGUUUUGAUUAUCUAUAUAUAAAUCGGUAAUCCAGAAACAACCUGUUGUUGUCUCUGCGGUAAUCGGUUCAUCGUUUCUUCAACUUCACCCAGUGUCGUUGCUUCGAUUUAACAUUGUGCACGUGUUGAAACUUGAAAAUCGUGUAGAAAAAGCAAAAAGAUAAAACUUCUGGUUCAUUGGAUUUUUCGCCAUAAUAACAAGAGUAGUUCGUUCAGAUCAAAAAAAUGCCAAGAAUCACCGAAGGAAUAUCCCUAGCACAGCUUAUCGAAGGAGGUGCAGAGUUUGAAAUAAAUCCAAACGAUAAUCCAGAUUCAGAGGAAGAUGAAACGGAGGUUAGGGAGGCGAUGCUUUCUUUUACAAAUAUGAGUUGCCUAGGAUCAGAUGAGAAUUACGACGAGGAACCCUUUCGGGUUAUCGGAAAGGAUAUGAUUGAUUUAACUCCUGAUGGUGGUGUGAAAAAAAGAAUUUUGAGACCUGGUUACGGUACUACACCCCCAAACUUGAGUCUCGUUAAAAUCGAUUACAAUGCAUACAUCGAGUAUGAAGCACAGCCUUUCGAUUCUACUUAUAGCAGGAAAAAGAAGCAGGAGUUUGUGCUCAAUAAUGGUGAAGUUAUUCCAGGCUUAGACGAAGCUGUGAAAUCAAUGAAACUUACCGAAAAGUCUCAGUUUCUUAUAUCCCCACAGUAUGCUUAUGGACCUUUAGGUUGUCUUGGUAGAGUUCCACAAAAUGCUACAGUGCUUUUCGAAAUUGAAUUGCAAGAAGUAGUGAAUAGUGGUGCUACCAUUUCCUAUGAAAAAUUGGAAGAAAGUGAGAAGAACAGUUUUAAAGAGGUCUAUGCUUAUUGCUUAUCCUUGUGUGAAAGGGCCAAGGAUAAAUUUAGAAAAAAUGUAAAAGAAUCUCUUAAAGAUUACAAUACGGCUGUUUCGAAAUUAGAACUAGUGCAAAUGAAAGACUACAGUGAACAAGAAAAACAGCAAGAACUUUUGCUACGUGUACUGGGAAAUGUUUUAGUUUGCAACACUGUUUUAGGAAACCCAAAAAAGGGUUGUUGUGCAGCAAACAGAAUAUACCAAAUGUGUAAAGGUACUACACUGAAAAUAUCAGCAAAAACUUAUUUUUCGCACGCUAAAUGUCUCAGGAUGUUGGGAGAAUUUGUUCAGGCUAGGGCAAAGUUAGAACAGGCUCGUAAGCUGGAACCCCAGAAUCCAGAAAUCGCCAAUGAGUUCAUCACAUUGAGGCGAGAAGAGGAAAAGUUCAAAAAAGAAGAGAAAAUAUUCAGUAAAAGGUCUUUCAACCAAAUUUGAAUAACUGAAUACUUGUUAUGUUUCUUUUUAUAUAUUUUUUCAUAAUAGUAGAUACAUAUUUUUAUAAAUGACUUUCUAUCAUUUCGUUUGACAAAAAAAUUAAAUAAAAGCUAUUUUUCAAAAUA